AUGCUAGCUUUUACGGAAUUCGAUACACCAAAAAAUACAAUUCAUCUAUCACCCAUUAAUCAAUCUCCUGCUCAUGCACUUUCAGAAACUCUGCUCCAACGACUGUUAUCUGCUGUCGCUUCAUUCCUAUCUGACUAUAUAAUAGAGCCUAUCUUAGUCGGCUGGAGAUUUUCUUACUUAACCUUACUAUUUCUGCCUGUGAUCUUGACGUCUCCCGCACUGUACAUUGGAGAAAGAAUUGAAGAGUACGGAAAUGAGCGAUCAGGAGCUUUAUGGUGGUAUGAUCUGUUAGUUAGGCAGAUGGAAACCGCUGGACCUACUUUCAUAAAGUUGGCCCAAUGGGCAGCUUCUAGAACAGACAUUUUCCCAGAAGAAAUGUGUACUCGUCUCUCCAAAUUACACUCCUCUGUUGAGCCGCAUUCUCUCUCUGCUACCAAACAAAUCAUAUCCGACAAUUUCAACCUACCUUUCGAGGAUAUAUUUAUAUACUUUGAUCCUGAUCCAAUUGGCGUUGGAGCGAUUGCCCAAGUAUACAAAGCAACACUAAAACCUGAGCUUAUGCCCAACCCCCUCGAUUCCUACCCAGAAGCUAUCUCUGCUGAAUUUGGAAUAAAAAUUCUACACCCAGAUGCCGACAAACUGAUAAAAAGAGAUCUCAAAAUCUUACUUAUAUUUGCCAAAAUACUCAAUGCAAUACCGACUAUCCAAUGGCUGUCAUUACCGGAGGAGGUCAUGAAGUUCGGAGAAAUGAUGCAAGAUCAGCUUGAUCUCCGUAUAGAAAGAAAUAAUCUCGUCCGUUUUGGGGAAAAUUUCAAGUAUCGUAAACAGAUAAAGUUUCCGCGACCGUUACUGGAAUAUACGACUAAAGCAAUGUUAAUUGAAGACUAUGAAGAUGCACUACCGAUUAGGCUGUUUCUUCAGAAUGGUGGUGGAGUGUUUGAUCGUAUGCUUGCUGAUAUAGGACUUGAUGCUUUUCUACACAUGUUGAUUAUCGACAACUUUGUCCACGCAGACUUGCACCCUGGUAAUAUCAUGAUCAAAUUUACGAAGCCUACAAUAUACACACUACUACGCGAUAUUUGGGCAAAGGUUACCUCCACGACAUCCUUCGAUGAACCUUGUUUCGCGACAACAACACGAUUAAGACAAUACGCUGACGAUCGCGAUAUGUGGAUUCAAGAACUUACCCGACUCUACAAUGAUGGGUAUCGUCCGCAAAUAGUGUUUGUAGACACUGGACUAGUAUCAGAGUUGAAUGAAGUAAAUCGUCGUAAUUUCUUGGAUUUAUUUCGAGCCAUUGCUGAAUUUGACGGAUAUCGUGCGGGCAAAUUGAUGAUUGAACGCAGCAAAGCGUCGGACAUGGUUAUAGAUGGGGACGUGUUUGCGCUCAAAAUGCAACACUUAGUAUUAAAAGUCAAGUCAUCAACAUUUCAAUUAGCCAAAAUAAGAAUAUCCGAUAUCUUAACGACAGUAAUGCGGAUGGUCAGAACUCAUCAUGUCAAACUCGAUGGUGAUUUCGUUAACAUAGUGAUUGCCAUUCUAUUACUUGAAGGUAUUGGCAAACAAUUAGAUCCUGAAAUGGAUUUACUCAAAAGUGCUCUUCCUAUUCUUAGAGAACUGGGCACACAAGGCGCAGGAAGAGGAGUUAGAGAAGGAAUAAAGGAGAUUCCUAGUGGAGGGGGUUGGUGGUUAAAGUUCUGGUUCUGGUUAGAAGCAAGGCAUUGGAUAUGGAAUGCGUCUUGGGAGGAGUAUCAAAUAGUAUUUGAGAGGCAUAUUUGGUGGCCGGAUAUGUAA